AUGUCAAAGCCCGGCGAUAUGAGAAUCGAGAUUCCUGAAGGCUAUAGUAUCACUAGAAACCGUCCUUCAAAGGAAAAUUCUCCUCUUCACUCGCCUUCUUUAUUUGAUCCAAAUUCACUUGAAAGAGAUACUAACAUGUACAAUAUUGUUGAUCCAAAAUUACCAUUUACAGACUCUAAUCCAAAAUUACUUGCAAUGAAUACUCGAUUAAAGAAAAACAUUUUCCAACCAACUUUAUUAAAGAAGAAAAACAAUACAGAUCGAUUAUCAUUAUUCAAUAGAAAACCACUAUCGUCAUUACAACGAGAAACACCUAUGCAAAUCGAGCAAAAGAAAGAAGAACAAGAAAGAAGAGAAUUAAAUUUCUCAGAAGAUCCAAUUUCAUAUUUUUCAAAACACAAAGAUGGUUCUGGCCACAAAUUCAUCUACUUGGUACACGAAAAAUCCAGAGAUGAUCCAGAUUUUUCACCAUAUGAACUCAAAAAGGUCAUUUUCAAAGAAGUUGGCUCAGAAUACUACACAAUGUCACCAGAAGGUGUCACAUACAUCGAUUCUGCUGGAAAUACUUAUCAUACAGAUAUAGAAUCUUGGGUAAAUGAAUCAACUCAUUACAAUUCGAUCAGAAAACUACCAUUUUUCAAUUUAUACAAGUACUGGAAGAACAUUCGUCUAUGGAAAAACUUUGUCCAAACUCAAAGAUACCAAAUGAUCAAAUCAUUAUCGAUUGAACAUCCAUUAUUACAAGAUAAAUCAAUGUCAUACACAACAUCACAACUUGCCAUCCACAUCUACAAGUACCAAGUCCAAAUUGCUGAGAUAAUGUUACCUUUUAAACACCAAAGAAAAAUGAAAUUGAAAGACAUUGAAAUUUUCAAUGAAAAAAGUAUCUCAAAAGUUGAAGUUUUAUACAAAGAAAUGAUUGAACAAAUUGCGGAAACAAUUAAUCACAUAUAUUUACAAAUCAGUGAUCCACAAAACCUAGUUGUUAAAGAUGAAGAUUACAAUGAAAGUCGAAGAGUAAAUCCAAACAUUCAACAAAUGAUGCUGCUUGAAAUCAAAAAGAAAGAAGAUAAAGAACUGAAACUAAACAAAAUGGAUACAGAAAUAAGGAACUUGAUUAAAUACGUCAGAUUGGUUGAUUACAUGAUUUUGGAGUUGUUGAGAGAAGGUUGUUUCAAAACUUUUUCUGAAAACGCGGAUAUUGUUGUGAGUGAUAAAUCAGAAGUAUUCCAAAUAGACGUAAAAUAUGAUGAAGAAGGAGGAAUAGAGUUCGAACCUUCCCUUGAUAAAUUGUUUGAAACUGUUGAUGAAGAAUUUAAUUCUGCAAUUCAAAAUUUACAAAAUUUGCCAAGAAUUUACAAAUCCCCACAAUUAAAGAAAUUGUUGACAUACACUGUAGAAAAACCAAAAGAUUUGUUUGUUGAUGGUACAUCACUUGAAAAGAUCAUGGAGAGUUCAACAUUUAUUCAAGAAACGAAAGAAAGAAUGUAUAAAGUAAUGAAAGAUUCUUUUGAAGAAGCCAAAACAAUUUCUCAAUCAUUUACUGAUUAUUAUAGAUUGUAUAAAAUGGGACAAUCAUGGUCAGUUAAGAACUACAUAAAGAGAUUGGAUGGUUCUCUUUAUGAUUAUGAAUUAAAUAUUUAUCAAAGACCAUUUGAAAAAUUGGAUUCUGAUUUUUUGAUGCAUCCAGAAAAUGAACCAAAUAUAAAUUUGGAUGAAAUCAUGAACGACGUCAAAUUCUUGAGAACGGAAGAAGCAAGAUCUGCAUUCAUUAGAGGAGGUGCAACUUGUGGAACUUUUUAUGUUGAUUCAUUAACUUUAAGAGGAAAAUUAAAUCCAAUUCCAAAAACAAUUUUAGCAGAUAUUGGAAAAAUGCUUGGAAAUUUCGUUCAGUUGAAGAUUGAUUUAUUGAGUAGAUUGUUCAAAACAUACAGAACAUUGAUGAAAAAUGAAUCAUCAACAUUGGCAAUUUUCACUCAAAUUUGUGAACUUUUGAAUCAAAUUGAAGAACAAUUGCCGAAAAUGACGAAAGAAAUAACAAACAUUGAUGACAUAAAUGCAAUGAUGGAAUCAUCAGGAUUUACUCCUGUCGAAACAACAAUUCAUGAUGAGUUUAAUUCCUUCAAGAAAGCUUACAAAGAAGCAGUUACUCUCAAGACUUAUUCGACAAGAAGAUAUCAACAAACUUUGUCAUCAAUGGUCAACGAAAUCGAAAGUUUGUUGAAUGCGGACUUUAUGGAAUCCAGGAAGACACCAAAGUCCGUGAAAGAAAGCAACUUAAAAGAAUACAUCAUUGUCACACAAUCAAUCAAAAAACACUCAGAAGAACUUAAAGAAAAAAUCCAAGAAUGUCAAAGAUACCAAACAAUUUUGGGUGUUGAUGUGUCACCUUUUUCACUUUACAAAGAGAUUAUUGGAAAUGUCAAUUUUUCAGAAGCCUUACAGAAGAUAUUGGGAAUUUGGGAAUCCAUCAAAAACGCGAUGUCUUUUUCUCCAUUUAUUUUUGUCGACAUUACUAAACUUGAAAAAGAUUUUGAAGAUUUGACAGAAUCUUUAGACGUAAUUCAUCAAAUUCAACUGAGAUCCCCAGCAGUUUUGAUUGAAAUUGAAGAAGAAAAGAAGAAAUACGAGAUGUAUAUGACACAAAUACAUCAAUUAGCUGUUUCAAAACUAAAAGAAAACCAUUGGAAAUUGUUGUUUUCUCAAUCAGGAAAAGAUGGAUUGUACAAAAACACCUCGACUGUUGACGAAUUAAUUCAAAUGGGAAUUCUUUCGAACACGAAAUCCAUCGAGACAAUUACAGAAGAUUCCAUUGGAGAAAGCACAAUUUCAGCAGAUUUCGCGAAUAUCAGAAACAAAUGGGAAGAUAUUCCUUUGCCAAUUGUUUCUGUCAAUCCGAAAUCUCCUACAUCACUUAUAAUUGGUCAGACAACACAAUUGAUACAAGAUAUCAAUGACACAUUGAUUACAUUGGAUGGAUUUUUGUCCAACAAAUACAUCGACUUUAUUAGAUAUGAUUUGAUGGGUUUGCAUCAAAGAUUAACAACAUCAAUCGAUAUCUUGAACUUGUGGACGAAAUUCCAACAAAACUGGAUAAUUGUUGAACCAAUAUUUAAGAAUAAAUUGUUUGUUGAUUUACUAAAAGACCAACAAACAAAUUAUUUGUUUGUUUUCAACAAUUUCAAGAAUAUCGCUAUCCAUGCUCUUGAAAAUUCCAGAUUGCUAAGUAUUUGUUGGAUAAACAACAUAAUACAAACAUUCACACAAAUCAAUGAUAAAUUGGACAUAAUUUUAUCAGAGUUAGGAAUAAUUGCAGAGUCAAAAAGAAGAGAAAUUCCAAGAUUGUAUCUUCUUAGUGAUUAUGAAAUUAUUUCUAUGUUGUCUACAAAUAAUUUCGAUGAUUUCUGUUCGAUUGCAUUGAAAUUAUUGUGCAAAAUCAAGAGAUUAGAUUAUAAAACUAAUCAACCUUCAGCAAGAUCAGCUGAAUUUGCUUUGAACAUGUCAAAUUUCUCAACAUUGGCAAUAUUUAGUUGCAUCGGAGAAGAUGGAGAUACUUUGCCUUUGAUUAACUUCAUUCAAUGCCAAGGAUCAAUGGAAAUCUGGUUGAAUCAAUUGUUCGAAAUGAUGUCUUCCAGUUUGUUGAAUUCUGUGCUCUCGGCAAACAAUGAUUUCAAGAAUUUGAUCAUUAGUGAAUGGUCAGCAUCAAAACCGUCGUACGUUUGUAUGUUGUCACUUUUAUGUUGGUUUACACAAAGUUUUGAUGAAUGUUUGACGAUUUACGAGACAAAUCCUUUGUCAUUUAGGCCAUUUGAAGGUAAGAUCAAUAGUUUCAUCCAAGAAAUGAGUAAAUCUUACAACAAUUCAAUGAAUACGAAUGAAAUGAGAAAAGUUUCAAGUUUAAUUAUGUUGUUGAAUAAUUUCUUGGAAAAACUACAAAAUAUCACAGAAAAAUCAACGAGUUAUUCACAGAACGAGAAGUGGAGAGAUGAACUAAAGUUCUACAUCAAUGAUCACAACAAAUUAUGUUUGAGUUUCAUGGGAGAUCAAUGGGAACAUGGUUUAGAAUUUUGGGGAGAUAUUUCUGAUUUAGAUUCAAAUUUGAGUUUCGACAAAUUCAUGCACAAUUUCUAUUUCACGAGGAAACUUUUGAGACCAUCAAUUAUCUACAAUGAAAGAUUCUUAGAUGAUACAAAAUCAUUGAAUACUUUGGCAAUGUUAUACGGAUCAUUUAUAUUUAAUAUUCCUGCUUUUUACAACAGACAAAAUGUUUUCAUGGAAAAAAUAAUGAAAGGAGUCAUAAACAAUGGAUUUUGGGUGAAUUUUGUGAAUGCUGAACAAUUAUCACAUGAAAAUUUGAGUUUUAUUUCUGAUAUCACUCAAAACAUCGCAAUGUCAAUCGAUGGAAGUAAAAAUGAAGUUGAAAUCGGAGAAGAAAAAAUCAAAAUCAAUCAAAAUUUGUUUGUUUUCUUGUCAAUUUCAACAGAAUCUUUAUCAAAUGGAAGAAUUCCUCCACAACUUUUAUCAUUCUCAAGAAAGACAGCUUAUAUUCCUCCUGAUCUCUCUGAUUUCAUAAGAAUCAAACUGUUUUCUUUAGGAUACAGAUCAGCACCAACUUCUUCCAUGAAAAUGUCUUCUUUGUUUAACUCUAUUUCCAAAUUAAUUAUUCCUUUGACAUCUAUGUACACAGCAGCAGAAAACGUGAUACAACAAGCUUAUGAGAUAAUACAAGAGAUUAAAUAUGAUAUAACACAACCUUUCUUUACACAAACAGAUGAUUACAGGAUGUUUGAAGAAUAUUCACUUUCUAGAUCAACUUUUUAUUAUUUCAUGAAUUUCGAUAUAAACGAAAAUCAAAAGAAUUUGUUAUUGAAACUAAUUCAUUCUUCGUUAAAUAUCGAAUGGGAAGAAAAUGUAUUUUACGAGAAGUUGAUCCAAUCCAAGGUGUUUAAGAUAGAUUACGCAAAAAGUUGUGUCAUCAAAUUUGCAAGAGAAUAUUUCGAGAAAUAUAAUUCUCCUGUUUUUGUUGAUUAUUUCGCAGCAAAAGUUUGGGAAUUGUACCAAAUGAUGGAGGAAAAGAGCGUUAUCAUAAUAAGUGGACCUUCCAAUUCAGGAAAGACAAUGAUAGUUGAUUCUUUGAGUUUUAUCAACCAAAAAUUAAUUAAUUUGGAAAAAUUGCCAAAAUUAAAAUCCAUUGAACAAAUACAAAAAGAAAAAGUUUUCAUUGGAAGUUCAUCAUGGGAGAAAAUCAGUGGAUAUUAUGCGCAAAAUCAUUGGCAUUACGGAGUCAUUGAAAGUGCAAUCAAUCAUUUAUUUUCUCAAAAACAACAACAAACUCACAAAAUAUUAGUUUUAGAUGGAGAAUUAACAAAUAACUUUGUGAAUUUAAUUGAUCAAUCACUGAUUAAACCGAAUUUGCUUUUAUUUAGUUAUGGAAAUUCGAUGCCAAUUGGUGAUGAAUUCCACAUUUUCGUUGAAACAAAUAAUCUUUCAAAUAUAACUCCAAGUUUGUUGUCGAGAGUUGGAAUUUUAUCUUUGGAUAGUUUGCAGUUAGAAAAUAACUACAUUUCUAACAAUUUGUCUGCAACUUUGAAGUACCCGGAGAUACCUUUGAACAUGAUUUUAAUGGAUUCUAAUUACAAUGGAUUUGAAAAAGAAAUGAUUAAGAAAACAAUUUCGGAAAAUCUUCCAAAAAUAAUUGAAAUCAGUUCUAAUUUCAAAUCUUUGAUUUCUUUAACAGAAAACAUUGGAAAAAUUGCAAAUGAUAUCAUUAAUUUUACUUUGUUGUCAAUGAAAUUGAAUCAAAUUAAUGUAAGUAAUACAAAUGAUAUAAGAAUUUCUUUAGUUAUUUCGUCUGUUUCUGUUUUGUUGUCUUAUUUCGAACCAAAUAUUUUUAAUGAAUUUGAAAAACAAAUAACAAAUGAAUUCGGAAUAACUUUACCUUCUGAUUGGAGUGGUCUCCAAAUUCCUGAUGAAUUAUGGGAUUAUUAUCCAAAACCAACUUUAUCUUUAAUGAGAUAUUACAAGUCAAAAAUUAUUCCAAUUAAUUUCGAAUCGAUUUCAAAAACUCCUUUCAAAAAAUUCUCAAAUCAAUUCUAUUUCCCAGAAGAUUACAUCGUUUACACUCCACAAAACUUGAGACAAUAUAAUUUGAUCAAAACAAUGAUUGAAAACAAACAAAAUGUCAUUUUAUCUGGUCCUAUUUCAAGUGGAAAAACUUCUUUGAUGAGAGCAGUUCUUAAAGACAGUCAUCAGAUUGAUCCCGUGUUUGUGAACAUCUCUAAAUUCACAACAACAAAUGAUUUAUUGACUUUCUUUGUAAAAAUGACAAAUUUAGUUUCAAAACACAAAAAACUCGAACAAACUAACAAAUAUCAAAUUGUUUUAGUGUUCGAAAAUGUUGAGAAAGAAAACUACCAAAUUGUUGAAUUACUUAGAAUGAUGCUUGAAAACAAAGAAAUGUUGGAUUUUGCAAAAAUUUCUCAGAAAUAUUUCCCAAAGUAUCAUUUGUCAAAAUUCAAUUACGUAAUUUGUUCAAGAGAUUUUUCGCAAUCUUCACCAAGAUUCUUGUCUAAUUUCGUAUUAAUAAGAAUAGAUGAACCAUCAACAAUGACAAAGAAUGUUAUUUGCAAGAAACAACUUUUGAACAGUGGAGUAAAUUCAAAUUUGGCUUUGUUUACAAGUCGAAUUUUACAAAAUUUGAAUUUGUCAUUAACAAAAAUGCAGAGUAUUUUGAUUCCUCUUUGCAAUAUACCGGAAAGAUCAGGAAAGACGAAUCAAACUAAGUUCGAAUACUGCAAGAUGUUCUUUUCAAUGCUUUUCAUUGAACAAUUUUGUUUUGUUGAAGAUGUUUAUUCUUCUUUCUUCGACAAAACAGAAAUUUUAUUUGAUGAAUACGAAUUAGCAAGAGCUUAUCAACAAAUACAGAUUGAUCCUGCUCAUUACGACUAUUCCAUUGAUAACACAAAGAUGGAUGUCAAACAAUUGGAUACAAUAACAAUUGAUUUAUUAUUGAAAGAAAAGUGUCAAAUAGAAUUGAAUGAAAAAUCAUCGUCAAAUUAUGCCAUGAUUUCUCACUCUCUAAAGAAAAUUGGCAAACCAAUAAUUGUCAAGGCAGAUGACAGUAGAGAAACGCUUGCUUUCGUUAAAAUGAUGCUUCCAAUAAAAACAACUUUGGUUGACUUCAUUUUUGACAAAAGUGAUGUCAAAAAACAGUUGAAAGAAAUUUGCAACAGAAGUGUUUUCAACGAACAGUUACAUUACAUUGUUGCAAGUAUCCAUGAAAACGAAGAAGAGUUAUAUGAUUUGUUAACAAGUGUUUUCAUUUAUUACGAUUUCCCAAUAAUUUUCAAUGAAAUUGAAAUUGAAAAAAUGUGUCAAAAAAUGGCAAAUGAAGAAAAUUUAACCAUUGAUUUACGAAUGAAAUCAAUAAAUGAAAUCAAAACCGAUCUCUCCAAGAACACAAGAUUAAUCAUAAUAACAAAUGAAAUAUUUGGUUUCAUGAAUGAUUGCCAUUAUGAUAAAAUUUUGACACAACCUCCAACACUGAAAAUGUUUUGCAACCAAUAUUUGCAAGGACCUUUGAAGAUCUUAGGAAAUAUUAUUUCUACAAUCAUGGAAUCGAUUACAGAUAUAAUUCCAUAUAAUAAUUCAACUUUGGAAAAGGAAUUAAUUAAAAUCUUUUCACAAAAAGUUGAUUAUGAAACGAAAGAAAACGAAAGACAAAUCGACAGAAUCCAGAAAGCAAAUGAAUUCUUGGAUACAAUCAACAGUGUUUACAAGAAAAGUUCUGAUUACAUUGAAGAUCUAAAGAUCCAAAAAUCGCAAUUCGAGCAACAACUUAUAGAAAUGAAGAAAAUCAUUGAAGAAUCAAAUGAAAACAUUUCUAUUAAGAAAGGACAACUCGGAGAAACAUUGAAGAAUAAGAACUUGAAGAUUUUAGAACAAGUUGAUUUGUUAGAAGAAGCAGAAUUCAACAAAAACAAUUUCAAAGCAGUUUUGGAUCUUAAAAAAGAAGAUUUACCAAAAUUAAGAGAAUCUUGUAUCUCUUCUGAUCCUAAUGUAAGAGUUAUCAUCGAAACAGUCUUUAGUUUGUUGGGAGUUAGAGCAAUUGAAGAUGAUUUCAUCGAAAAAAUGAAUAGUUUGAAUUACGAAGAUUUGAACUUAAAUCAAUUCCAGUUAUUUUCAUUGAAAAUCAAAGAAAAUCCAUUGAUGGAUAAGACAUUAAAUGGACAAUUACAAGCUGUGUUUAAAUUCCUAACAAAUGCGAUGAAAAUAACAGAAUCAAGUAUCAAAAAACAAGAAAUCCAAAAAACUUUGAGAUACAGACAGAAAAGUGCGGAAAAUUUCAACAUUUUGGCCCAAAAAGAACAAAGAAUGUUGAAAGAUGAACAAAACGGAGUUGAUGUCACAGCAGAAAUGGUUCAAAACGUUGCAAAUGGAAUACAACACAUAAAGAAACAACUCGCGAAAGAAGAAGAAAAAAGAAGAAUCAUUGAACAAAUAACUAAAGACAUAUCAAUCCUCAAAAUGAAAUGGGAUGAUAAAUACGAAAUAUACCAGAAAAGAUCAACAACAAUUCCUUGUGAUGAAUUACUUUAUUCUUUCUAUUUAAUUUACGGCGGUCUGAUCACUUCACGUUCAUCAAAAGGAGACAUUUUAGAUGCAGUUAUGGAUGCAAUAACAGCAAAGAACUAUGAAUCAAGUUAUUCCCAACAAUUGGAUUGUAUUGAAGAUGCGUUUUUAUAUCCAGAAGAUAUAAGUUUCGAAGAUUUUAUUCCAAGUUCUUUGAGAAUUGAUAUUUCUCACAUUUUGAAAUCUCCUAUUACUCCUUUAGUUAUUGAUCCUGAUCAUUUGGCAAUAGAUGCAAUUGCUAAAGCUAAGAAAGCAACUGUUGUUUCUGUUUAUGAUCCAGAUUUCGAUGAAAAAAUCAAAGAAAGCAAAUUUUUGAUUGUUUUAGAAAUUUCAAGUUUUGAUUCAAAAAUUGAAAAAUUAAUUUUGUCAACAAACAAAUUAAUAUUAGUUUCAUCAUGUAGAAAUCCUAAAGAGAUUGACAAGAAGCUCACAAAAGAAUGCUUGUUAAUAGAUUGCAGUGAAAGUACAUUGGAUUCUGUGAAGAAUAAUGUUUCUAAAGUAAUUUUGUCAAAAUUUGAUUCAGAUAUAAUUCCAAAAUUGAUACAUAACCAAUCAGCAGAAAAGUCAUUGAAUGAUGAUAUUGACAGAUUCAUGGAUGAAUUAAUCGAUACAUUGGCCUAUUUCCAAGAUAAUCUCAACCAAACAUCGAGAUACGAUUUAAGUGCAGAUAAAGAAAAUUUGACAAAAAUGUUUGCAGCAAAAGAUUAUUUGAUUCAAACGAUGACAAACACUCCAAACUUUGGCUUAGUACAAAAAGAAUAUUCACAAAUGCAACAAUCAUUUGGACCAGUAUUAGAAGCAGCUGAAAAGAUGUGGAUUGUUUUAAGUCGAAAAGUUUCUUUAUUGAGCAAAAAUUAUUGUUUCAAUUUCGAUUAUUUCAUAAAAUUGUUGGAUUCAACUUUGGAAAAAAGUGUCUCUGCCGCCAAAACAAUUCAAGAAGCAAAGAAGAAAGUAAUCAACAGUGUAAUAAGAUGGGUUUCAUCUUCAUUGAGUUGUCCUGAUUUCUAUUUCUUCUUGUUUACAAGCAGUUUCUUGUUGAAACAUGGAAAUUCAAAUGAUUAUGAAGCAAUUUUAGAUCACAUGUCUGAAAUUUUACAUGACAAAAUUGGAAAUUUACAGAUUGAUUAUUCUGCAUCACAUGCUAUUGAGAACUUGAAAUACGGUCCUGUAGAAACCGUUUUCAAGUUAAUUGAAUCUUAUGUGUCGGAUGUUAUCGGCGUGGAUUAUUUAACGUACAUUGUAAACUAUUCAACUGAUUUAGUAUUGAAUCAGAUGAAUAAACUUCCAACGAUUAUUUUCACAACUAACAAGAAAUAUGACAUGAUAAAUAAUGCUGUAGAUUAUGCGUUGGCAAGAGGUUUAUCUGACCAAUUUAGUUUCAUUUCUUUGAAUUUGACAAAUUUGGAAAAAUCAGAAAAAUUUUAUGAAGAAGUUUCCCAAACACAGAAGACAUUGUUCAUUUCCUAUUCAUCAGAAUCACCUGAGAUAACAUUAUUCGUCUACAAAUGCAUAUUAAAACAUUUGGAUGGAAAAUGUCACUCUCAAUUUAAACCGAUUUUUAUCGUUUCUGAUUCAAUUUCUUUGCCACCUGUUAUCUUAUCAAAAUCAAGGAAAAUCAUGUACCAAGAUCUUCCUUCUCCUAGAUUCAGUGUCAGCAAUAUCAUUGAGAGAAUCAGUACCUUAUUUGAAGGCAUCGAAGAAUCAAGAAACAUCAGAAGAAUUUUGUUUAUCAUAUGCAUAAUUUUUGCUCAAAUUGACGUUUUGAAUUUCACUCGACCUUUCGAGAUUUGUGAUACUAAUUGCAACAUUGGAGACGUAAAGACUGUCUUCCAGAUGAUAUAUCAUCUGUUCUCUACAAAUGAAAUUCCAAUGCGAAAUAUCAGAGAUUUGUUUGAUGAAGUAAUUUUCUCUUCAAAAAGUGAAAAAGAUUUCUCAAGACAAAGAAUUUCUUCUCUUCUCGGAAUGAUGUUGAGUUUGGAGAGUUUCGAUGAUACAUUCACUUUCGUUGAUCCUCAAGCAAUGGAUGCACAGUUCUGGACAAUUCCUAAGGACUCUUCAAUCCAUACAAUGCUGCAAAACACUUUGUCGAAAUUCCCGAUUUUGCCAAGUUUAACAAUUUCGGGAAUGAAAACUGAAAAAACUUCUGUAAUUCUGCAAACAAGACUCAGCCAUUAUGUCUCAAAACCAUUCAUUAAAUACAAUGAGUUAACAAAAGAAGAUGAUGAAAGAAAUAUCAAAAACAUAAAUCAAUUUUUCGAAAUUCUUCCAACGAAAAUUGAUAUCAAAGAAAAUUUGGUAGAAUCAGAAAUAUUUAAGAACUUUUGGUUAUCAGAAGCAAAGAAAUUUAAUGAAUUCAUUGAUUUAAUCCAUAAAACUGCUUCAAAUUAUGAAAAUGAAAUAUUUAAGGAAAUAACACCAGAAAUUUGGCAUCAGAACAAGUAUAAUUCACGAAUUAGGCACUUUGCAAGACAGCUCAAUGAUAUAAAGAAGCAAAUUGAAAGAGGAUUUGCAAAUGAUUUUGAGAUCUUAGAUGCAGGAUUGAUUUUAGAUAUGAAUUCAUAUUUAUUAUCAAUUGUAAUGGAUGCUUCUAUUAGCAAAAGGCAGAAUUUAGAUUCCCUUGAUAUUAUUUUCUCAACUCAAGAUAAUCUUCCUGGAUCAAAGUUCUUAGAGAACUUAUACAUCAUGAAUGGAACUCUAGAAAUGAAUGAACUCAUAAAUUCAGAUGCUGUUCUGACAAAAAUUCCAAAACUUUCACUUCGAGUUGUAAACAAAGAUGAAAUCACUGGUAGAACAUUUAAGAUUCCAAUUUAUGAUUGUUUUGGCGGUAAAGUUGUUUACAAAGCAAUUUUACCUUCUCAAAGAGCAGAAAGAGAAAUUGUUAUCAACAACGUAUCAAUAUAUUGUACCGUUGAUGAGAACAUGAAGUAA